AGAAAAACUAAUGUGAACCCACCCACUUUAAUGAGUUCUUACACACUAUAAAUUCACAUCCACAAUUCCACCAACUAAAUCAAACAACCAUGAAAACUUACGGAAUCCUUCUAGUUGCCGGAGUUCUUUUGGCCGGAAUCCUCGACUCCGCUGCUCAAAACUGCGGCUGCACUCCGGACUUGUGCUGCAGCAAGUACGGUUACUGUGGCAGUGGUGAUGAAUACUGUGGAGCUGGCUGUCAAGGAGGGCCAUGUUCCUCGACUCCAACAAAUGAUGUAUCAGUUAGUAGCAUCGUGACGGAUGCAUUCUUUAAUGGGAUCGCAGAUCAAGCAAGCGGAGGUUGUGCUGGGAAAGGAUUCUAUGCACGCGCCGCCUUUCUUGAUGCUCUCGGAAACUAUGGCCAGUUUGGAACGGUUGGUUCCGAGGAUGAUUCAAAAAGGGAGAUUGCUGCUUUCUUCGCACAUGUUACCCACGAGACUGGACAUUUUUGUUACAUUGAAGAAAUAAAUGGUCCUUCAGGCGAUUAUUGUGAUGAGACCAAGACUCAAUAUCCAUGUAACCCUAGCAAGGGUUACUACGGGAGAGGUCCACUCCAAUUAACAUGGAAUUACAACUAUGCUCUAGCUGGUAAGGACAUCGGGUUUGAUGGGCUCAACAAUCCUGAAAUUGUGGCCACAGAUCCAGCCAUCUCAUUUCGUGCCGCCUUAUGGUUUUGGAUGAACAAUGUCCACUCAGUCAUUGGUCAAGGGUUUGGAGCUACUAUUCGAGCUAUCAACGGAAUGGAAUGUAAUGGUGGCAAUUCAAAUAGUGUAACUUCUCGUGUCCAGUACUACACUCAAUAUUGUAACCAACUUGGAGUUGCACCAGGCGAUAACCUUCAGUGUUAGACAGACAGAGAGAUCAACCAUUAAAUUAAGAUGCUUGAUACUUAUACCAUCGUCAUUCAAAUAAGAUAAAUAUAUACAUACCUCUUUGGUAUAUAUAUUAUGUAUGUUUUACACCAUAUUAAUAGAAAUAAAUAAAUGAAAAAU